AUGCAGUGCCUCCGCUGGCGACUGCGUUGCUCGAAGCGCGCUUCUAUCACUCGCUCCGGAACGGAGACACUGGACGUGUCCACGGGUAACGUUUCAACUCAGCGAAUUCUAAAUAGCGUCAUUGGAACGACUGGUAUACUCUUUGGGAUUCCGGGACGUUUUUUCUGGAAGGGCCGGCACGGUUCGCCUAGCGGCUCGCGCCAAACGCUGCGCAGACGUUGCAGCGGUGUGCGUUUACGGAGGCAGCGCUUUCGUACAGGGGAGCAUGGAAGGCGGUUGCACGUACGGCCGCUAAAAUCGAAGGUAAACGCUGUCUCCGAGCUCUCGGCGAGCGCCAAUAGCAAGAACCAGCCGCUCAUGGCGCCUCAUCCGGGCGUGGACUCGCUGCCGCGCACCUCAGACCGUGUUCUACGAAGUGUACAACGAAAGUCGCGCGAGCGACGGUUCCUUCUCUACAUUCUUGGCCUUAGCGCCGUGACACUUUUGGGCCUGCUUUUCUGGCCGCCUGAGAGCCGGGGUGCCGAGCAAAGCGAAAACUCAUGGGGACCGCGGCGUUACGGACUCGCUGUGCGAGCGCCACGCCCGUCCACGGUUGGCCAUGGCACGGUAAGUCGUUGUCGGCCGAACGCUCAGAACUGCGUCUCUAGUCGCGAUAUGCCGAACACGAGUUGUUUUGAGCCUCCGUGGCGCUAUCCAUCGACGAUGGGUGCCUUGCAGGCGCUGCAGCGGGUGUACGAAGCGGUUCAACGAUAUCCUGGACCGGAAACCAGCAAGAUCAUAACAUACAAACCGGGCAAAUAUCUGUAUGCCGAGUUUCAGACUCGUUUUUGGGGAUUCGUUGAUGAUGUGGAAUGUCUCGUGGAUGACGCAACACACGUGAUCCACUUUCGUAGUGCAUCGCGCAUUGGGCGGUCUGACAUGGGCACGAACCGCGCCCGUAUGCGCAAACUCUUCGACAUGUUGGCGCAAGAGGGUUUUACGGAGGCGGCUCAAGUCGUAACGAAUGCGCAUUCUAAGCGCUCUUGA